AUUCUCUGGUGGUUUUAGAAUUCACUGAGGUUACUUGCUUUUCCUUCGGCGCUGACCCGUGGUGUAACGAAUCUGCGUCCAGGGACCAGCAGCUCCGCUUGACAUCGCUGCCCCCACGUGUUCUCCUCUGCACAGCGGCGCGGCGCCCUCUCUCUUACCGACCCUCCGAGCCCAGACUCUGCCCACGCCGCAGCCCUUCAGCCCGGCACCGGCGUCUGAUGCGAGAGCCUGUGGCUAAAACACAAGGGCCCGCAUCCUUCCCUGCUGUCAUAUUGGAGGACGCAUUGCUGAGAGCUUUUUGCCAGAGGCUUUUAAAAUAGAUUAAGUAAAACAAUGUAAGAUAUAAACUCUGGAAAUGCCUCUCCCAAGAGCUGGGAUUCAAGGAAAGAAAUCCAGCCUCACUGAAGACAUUCAAACAGAAGGCGGGACAGUUCCUUUUCCAGAGCAGAAAGGAAACUCAUGCAUCAGAAAAGGUGACUAAGAAACAUACUUAAAGAACAUGGCUGCACAAAUACCAGAAUCUGACCAGAUAAAACAGUUUAAGGAGUUCCUGGGAACCUACAAUAAACUUACAGAAACCUGCUUUUUGGACUGUGUUAAAGACUUCACAACAAGAGAGGUGAAACCUGAAGAGGUUACCUGUUCAGAACAUUGCUUACAGAAAUAUUUAAAAAUGACACAGAGAAUAUCCAUGAGAUUCCAGGAAUAUCACAUUCAGCAGAACGAAGCCCUGGCAGCCAAAGCAGGGCUCCUGGGCCAGCCACGGUAGACAGGCCCUGAGGCAUGGACUCGCACUGAAAGAUUGCCAGCAGCUGUUGCACUGGAGAUGAGGAUUCAUCUGGUAGAACCCCCUGACACACAGCAGGACUCGUGGUACAUCAUCUGCCAGGACUACCUGGCCAGUGGAAACCACCGGAGAAAAAUCACUGCUCACCAGAAGGAAUCAAAACAGAAGGCCUUACUACUGUGCAGUAAAAAUGGUAAGAUGCAACACUGUCGAGGCCUUAAGAUUCAGCUGCUGGUCACCUUGGUUACAGAAAUAAACCACUGUUCCUUUCUUUGUGACUGUUAAUUUUAAAAGCAAAAUGUGUCCAAUCAUGUAUGAGAUAGAAAAAAUUUAUUACUAAAAGUAAAAAUAAAUGAGAAUAUCACUGA